GAUUGAAAACUUUCGCGGAGGGGCCUUCGCCGCCUGUGCGGGCCUCUCCGGGACUUGCCCGCAGCUUGUGAUGCUGCUUUGAAAGGCGCAAGAGGCCCCACCAAAGGGAGGAAAAAGCAGUGUUCACUUACUGUGAAGAUGCCUGGCACAGUUCUUGGAGUUGGGCCAGGAGUAUUUAUCUUAGCGCUGCUCUGGGUACUGACCUUGCUGCUCUGCGUGUUGUUAUCCAGAGCUUCUGGACUCGCUAGGUUCUCUGUCAUUGUGGUUUUCUUAGGUGCUGUGAUCAUCACCUUGGUUCUGUUGCUUUUCCCUCGUGCCAGCGAGUUGCCUGCACCGGCUACAGAAAUUAAGAUUGUCGACACCUUCUUCAUCGGCCGCUUUGUCCUGCUGUCCCUUCUCUGUGUGGUUUUCCUUGGGUGCCUUUUCAUGGUUUUGGUUCACUAUGUACUGCAACCAGUGUAUGCCAAGCCCUUGAGAACCACCUCCUAAGAAGACAGGCUGCCAAUCGCUGGUUCCACUUUGGCCUUAGGGAGAAAUAUUUUCCUGUAACAAAAGGAAAGCAAACUUAAAUUGCUGUGAUCAAAACGUUCUGUUAAUUUUUAAAUAUAUGUAUGUAUGUAUGUAUGUAUGUAUGUAUGUAUGUAUGUAUGUAUGUAUGUAUAAUGGGACGUGGGUGGCGCUGUGGGUUAAACCACAGAGCCUGUUGUUGUUUAGUCGUUUAGUCGUGUCCGACUCUUGGUGACCCCAUGGACCAUAGCCUAGGGCACAGGGCCUAGGGCUUGCCAAUCAGAAGGUCAGCGGUUUGAAUCCCUGCGAUGGGGUGAGCUCCCAUUGCUCGGUCCCUGCUCCUGCCAACCUAGCAGUUCGAAAACACGUCAAAUUGCAAGUCGAUAAACGGCAUUUCCAUGUGCUGCUCUGGUUCGCCAGAAGUGGCUUAGUCAUGCUGGCCACAUGACCUGGAAGCUGUAUGCCGGCUCCCUUGGCCAAUAAUGCGAGAUGAGCACCGAAACCCCAGAGUCAGUCCGACUGGACCUAAUGGUCAGGGGUCCCUUUACCUUUAUGUAUGUAUAAUUUUGUUAUUAAUAUCAUGUUGUAUGACAUCCUGAGCUUUUUGGGAGAAGAGAGAUUGCAAAUUUUGUAAAUACAUUUAAAUGUACUGCAAGUUCUAAGCCUGCUCUUCAUGUUGUGGUCGCCCCCCCCCCCCUUCAGUUCACCCCCCUUGCAAAAUAUGUUUAUAAGGUGUGUUUGCAAAGCAGUAUAGGUUGGCUGUAUUGAUUCCAUGUCAACUAUAGUAUUAGUAGCUGCUCUGUAGCUAGGACAGUUUAUUAAAUAGACAUUUUUUCACAUUAAAUUCUAAUUUGACUUUUAACCAGUUUCUGUUUCCCUCUAUGCUGUAUUCAAAGAAACUAUGCCUGUGUAUUUCUUUGUGGUAACUUCUGUAUUUAGUGGAUUUAAUUUAAUGGAUCCCCAAGGGCUUAUUUAUUGUCUCCCCCUCCUUCCUGACACAGGUGAGACAUGCUAAUGAGUCCCUCUGAGAAGUGGCUGGGCUGAGUUGUUCCAGGAGGACAAAAGGGAAACAGAUCAUUUUUCUUAGUCACCAAAUUAUUGUUGUCCACCCCUUUAAAAAAAGUACAAAGGAAACCCAUAUCUGAUUUAAUGCCUCUCUUGGGGCUGAACCUCAUGGUGCAUUAAAAAAAAACUGAGCUGGGAGUCAUUUCACAUCUGCCUGCACACACAGAAAGGGGAAAAUGUAAUGUCUGAAUGGAUGAGUUGGAGAUCUUGUUUAUGCUCACACAAAGUCUGAAGUUUCAAAUUGAUUUCAUGGGUCACAUAAUUAUAUUAUUCUUUAUUACUUGCUUCUUUAAAAAAAUCCUACACAUGAUGGCGAUUACAAUUAGUAUCCAUGCCCAGGACUGCUUAGAGUGCUAAAUCAUAUUUUCUGUAUCAAUUCUUUCUGUUCUUGAAUAGUGGCUCUCUGAUCUAAAUAUCCUUGCAUGCCAUGCAAUUUGCAAAGAUCUCCUUUGCCAAAUAGAUGGUUGGUUCUGACUAUAUUAACAUAUACCCACACAACAACUUCGAUCUGUAGAACUCGCUUUGUUAGAGGUACCACAUAAUAUUCCGGUUGUAUUUGUAAGAAAUUGAUCUUUUAGUGUGCCAGCCUGUACACUUUGGAACUCCCUGCCUAUUGACAUCAGGCAGGUACCGUCACUGUACUCUUAAAACAUUUUUGUUCAGGCAAGCCUGCCCAGACAUGUAGAAUACUGACAUGUGUU